AUGCCCACUUCCCCCACAACCAGCCCAGUUCCUCCACCUGUCUUCAUGCCUCAGAUCUCUAAUGCUUCAUCAGCUCCAACUCCAACUCCUAUACCAAUGUUUCCCUCGGAAGGAAAACCUGCAUCAAAGCUUACUAAAGAUGAUAAAUCUAUAGAGUCUACCAAUUUCUCUCUACCCAAGUUACGCCUCGAGAUACGCGAUCUCAAUCAUGCUGGAUCGCAGACAUUCUUGACCGCUGUUAUCGCGAAUGAGGCUUUGCAAACAGCAGUUCGAAGUGUUCUCGCCCUACUUUAUGAAUCCCCCCAUUGUCCCAUCACUACUAUCCCAACCACUCGAUCGGUGACCCUUAUUCUACGUCCCAUGGAAGGUGUGGCAUAUACGACAGGUAGCGAUCUCGACGAUGACCACAAAGAGAUACAUUUCUCUCUAGAUUAUAUACACACAGCCAUUGGAUCGGAACGAAAGAAGCAUGAAAUAAUGGGCGUGUUGACCCACGAGAUGGUACAUUGCUACCAAUAUAAUGGAUUCCACACUUGCCCUGGCGGUUUGAUUGAAGGGAUUGCGGAUUGGGUACGAUUAAACGCCCAUUUAAGUCCACCCCAUUGGAAGAAAGAAUCUGGUGGAAAAUGGGAUGCAGGUUACCAACACACAGGAUACUUCCUGGAAUAUCUGGAACGGAGAUUCGGCCAAGGUACAAUCAGAAAGUUGAAUGAAAAGUUGAGGAUUGAGCGUUACGAAGAGAAACGCUUUUGGACCGAACUUUGCGGACGACCAGUAGAGCAGCUCUGGAAAGACUACUCGGAAUAUCUUGAAGUAGAGAAGAGGAAAGCCGAAGAGGAGGAGUGUGUAAUUGUGGAAAGGGAGGAUGCUACCACACCCAAACAGGUUGGAUCUGGAGGGGAUGGGGCGACGUCUACCGCUGUCACGAAGGAGACAAAUUACAACUCUCCAAGAUCCGAAAGUUCCUAA